CUAUCCCAUUUGGCAAACUCCCCGUUCUGGAAGUAGACGGAGUUACCGUUCACCAGAGCCUGGCAAUCGCGAGAUACCUCGCCAAAGAAUCAGGUCUGGCAGGUCAGACGCCUGUGGAACAGGCGCUAGCUGAUGCCAUCGUGGACACCAUUGAUGAUUUCAUCACACAGUUGCCUUGGGCAGAGAAAAACCAGGACGUGAGAAAACAAGCAUUUGAUGAUAUCCUCACCAACAAAGCACCCGAGCUACUGAAAGAUUUGGAUACUUUCUUGGGGGAUAAAAACUGGCUGGUAGGGAAGUCU